GCGGUAGCCGAGGAUCCCAUGACACAGCCACGUGCAGGAACAGUGGUCCUGGCGGGGGCUGCUGACGGCCCCUCUGAAACCCUGGGUUAGGCCCCGCGCUAGGUCAGCCCCUGCAUCGCCUCCUAACUUGUCAGGAGCCCGCGCCGGCGGAGGCGGGAACGGGCCGAGCCGGGGCGGGCCUGGGAUGAGAGGAGCCGCCCGCCCCCCGCAUCCCACACUGCACCGCGGCAGGAAGGGGGAGCCGCGGCUUCCGGCACCUCCCCCGCCACUCCCGGCGUUCGCGGUGUCGGGCUGGUGGCUGCUUAGCUCCUUUGCUGGUGAUGGCAGCAGCUGUCGCUAUGGAGACAGAUGAUGCUGGAAAUCGACUUCGGUUUCAGUUGGAGUUGGAAUUUGUGCAGUGUUUAGCCAACCCAAAUUACCUUAAUUUUCUUGCCCAAAGAGGUUACUUCAAAGACAAAGCUUUUGUUAAUUAUCUUAAGUACUUGCUUUACUGGAAAGAACCAGAAUAUGCCAAGUAUCUAAACCAAGAGCUAAACACAGGCCUUCAGAUGUCAAGGUACCCUCAGUGUUUACACAUGUUAGAACUGCUCCAAUAUGAACACUUCCGUAAGGAGCUGGUGAAUGCUCAGUGUGCGAAAUUUAUUGAUGAGCAGCAAAUUCUGCACUGGCAGCACUAUUCUCGGAAGCGGAUGCGCCUUCAGCAAGCCCUGGCGGAGCAGCAACAGCAAAAUAACACAUCAGGAAAAUGAACAGUUGGAUCCAGACCAGGCUCUUAAGACAUGUAUAUAUUGCUUUUGUACAGUGAAGACAAAACAACUCUUCCUAUGUACCUUUACUGUGGUAGCACCUAGAACCGUUAGUGUGCUAUUUAAUUGAACUAACUUUUUCUUGUUAAUAGAUUAUUUCUGUUAAACCAGAAUUGUUUUACUUUGAUUUCCCUGUGGCUUUGUAAGCUUUUAUUAGUAUUUAACAGUCAGCUGAGUAAGAAUAGAAAUGUUAGGUGUUUCAGACCAAUUUAAGGCAGCAGGGGGCGAGGUAAGGGGAGGGCCACUGAACAUCCCAAACUCUAAGCCGAGCUCUGUUUUCAUGUACAGUGGGGCCUGGGACAAGUCUGUCUCCUGGAACCUUGCUGUCCCUCAGAUCGGCUAUCCUGCCCUUCAUCUACAGAGUGAGAGGUGUGGAGUAAGUGACCUCUUUACGUCAGGCAGCAGGAACCGCAUAAAGGUUCUUAAAUUCUGCAGGGCAGGAGACAUACCUGUAUCGCCAGUUGCUUUGCAAGAGAGCUUUAAGGAAGAAUCAUUGGUAUGUCACUGACCUAGUAAUGGCAGGGAGAAGAUUGGUGGUUAACUACUAAUUGGACUCUUGGCCUUAAGACUAGAACAAAGGUGAGGAGCCUCAAAUAUUUGUGCUCAUUUGGGAAAGCUGACCUUUAUUUGGCAGAUACCGCAAACCAGGCACAAUGUUAAGUGCUUAGUUGCAUUCUCAUUUUAUCCUCAGAACGAUCCAUGUUCAUAAAGGAGGAGACUGAGGUUUAGACAGGUUAAUGGUUACACAGCUAGGAAGUGAUAAUCAAUGAGACUGACUCACAGGCUGGAGUCCUUCCCAUCACUAGGUUAUACGGUCUCUGACCUCUCUGCCACCCGCCUCAUCCCAAGUAGUGAAGCAUAUUCAGACAGCUGUGACGAACCUGCCAGCAUUAAGCAGAGGCUGGAUUAGAUGUGCUGUGCUUCCCUUCAGUGGUUAGGUUAAGUUCUACAUUCUAAAGCCAAAGAAGGAGUUUCAGGAAUAACAGCUCUUUGUAAAUUCGUGGAAUUUAAGGUAAAAGAUCCUAACUCCUUUAGAGAUUUGGAAGCUGUCUACUGCACUAUUAGGGGCUUUUAGGUAUUUCUGUCAUCUCCAGUAAUAGCUUCCUUUGUGCUAUUACUGCCACUCCUGAAGAAUUAUUUUACCUAUGGUAGCUUAAAUAUACCCAUAUAUUAAAGCAAACUGAGGGUUCAUGAGCAUUUUAAUAGCACUCUCUAUGGUUUAGACAUGUACCAAUUUUUUUACAUCAUCAUUUAUUUAUUGCUAACAUGAAUUCAAAGCAAGUAUGCAGAUUCUUUUAUACUAGAGCAAAUCAGGAAAUAAAGACACAAUUGCCAUCGUCAAAUCUUAAUCUUCAGAGAACAACAUCCCCACGAGGUUGGCCUGAAGACACUCAGAUUCUACCAGUUUUUGAGGCUGUAAGAGAACAACAGUCAUAUCUUAACCCACAGCUACAAAAAUGUUAUUAGGAGGGGAAUGAGUUGUUCUACCUUGAAUGACACAAGUCUUGGAACAGAAAAAUUAUGCUAUUCAGAAACUAUUAACUAGUUGUAACAAGCUUUAUGAAAUAGUUAAGAUAUUUACCUUAAGGUGAAUCAUUAAAAUACUUGGCUCCGUGGACUAAAACAGGAGACAGGAAGCCCGAUGUCACCCCUUCCCUUUAACUCUUUAAUUUAGAAUCCCAGGGCCAUGACUAAACUAGAGGACAUGCCCUUUCUUUUCAUCCAGAAUUAUGGAUUAAGUCGAAAACAACUAUUGAUGCCACUGUUUUAAGGAAUUGUAUGUUAACCAACUUUCUUCAACAGUGCUUACAGAAUUUUAAAAUAAGGAUGGCUUUUAAAAGGCAUGAAAAGGGGCUUCCCUGGUGGCGCAGUGGUUAAGAAUCCACCUGCCAAUGCAGGGUACACGGGUUCGAGCCCUGGCCCGGGAAGAUCCCACGUGCCACGGAGCAACUAAGCCUGUGCGCCACAACUACUGAGCCUGUGCGCCACAACUACUGAGCCCGCGUGCCAAGAGCUUGUGCUCCACAAUGAGAAGCCACCGCAAUGAGAAGCCUGCGCACUGCAACGAAGAGUAGCCCCCGCUCGCGGCAACUAGAGAAAGCCUGCACACAGCAACGAAGACCCAAUGCAGCCAAAAAUAAAUUUAAUUAAUUAAAAAAUAAAUAAAAAAAUAAAAGGCAUGAAAGGGCUUCCCUAGUGGCGCAGUGGUUGAGAGUCCGCCUGCCGAUGCAGGGGACACGGGUUCGUGCCCUGGUCUGGGAAGAUCCCACAUGCUGCGGAGCAGCUGGGCCCGUGAGCUAUGGCCCCUGAGCCUGUGCGUCUGGAGCCUGUGCUCCGCAACGGGAGAGGCCCCAAAAAAAGAAAAAAGGCAUGAUAAAAACCCUAAUAUUUGCAUUAUUAAUAACUUAUUGGGGUAGGCCAUAGGGAUGGACAGCCAUGUGUAUUUUGAAUACAUUCUGAAGAGCAAUGUGAUAUUUGGGAUGAAAUGUCAAGAUCUUUUCAAAUUUGAAUCCAGAACAAGUUAAAAGAAUUUUGAUAGGGUGAACUGUAUCCCCAACACAGUUAAAGAAAGAUACUCACUGUUCCAUAUUUAAGUAGUGUAGGCACUCCAGUUAAUUUCAACUUUUUCCUGAAGUCAUUAUUUGGCUCUUUCCAACUGUUUCAGAAGGAGAAAGUGAUCAUGAAAAACAUUUACUUGGUUUCUUACAUUCUGCUUUGUAUUUGAUAUAUUCCCACUUUCAGUCUUUCAGUAAUCAUUGUUUUUGUUGUAAACAUUUUAAAAACCUUGACAUCUACAACAUAUAUUCUCCUGUGCAAAGUUUUCAUUUAAGUGAAUAUAUACUAAGAUAUAAAAUAAAUGUAAAGACAAGUUCUGAACUAACAUCAGGCCAAA